AUGGGGGUCGAAACCCGCAGACCAAUUCUUCCCGCUCCCACAGAAUCCCUCGUCGAUACCAACCCAGGCGACAGCACGACGGGCACAGAUCUGGCAACUGACAUUUCUCGCCGCACAGACAAAACGUCGUACUCGAUCCCGGACGACGGUAGCCCCAUUACUGUCUCCACCCGGCGCCAUCGGGACCGGGACGACAAACUGUCUCGCUCAAAUCGGGACUCUCAGACCUCCCUCCUGAUCGAAUAUUUCGAGGGUGGGAAAGGCCCCGGCGGUGUCGUUUCAAGACCCAGUGUACGCAUCACCGAAUCGGGCUCCAGUCGCCAGCCCUCUUACACCCGUCGCAUCUCCUUGACCUCGCCAUCCUCCAAAAGCAAACAUCACGCCGAUUCGGGCUUGGAUGAUCAAAGCGUCAGCUCGAUCAAUUCCGUCGAAGACGAGGCUGAACAUUCCUCUCGACAUCCACCCGUCGAAAUCCAGUUUAUGAAUCGCGACCGAGGCAGCGAGCUUUCCACCGCCUCGCGUGGUUUCAUGAUGCCUUCUUCUGAUAUCUCGUCCAUGCCCGCCGACAGCAUGCUCGACACUUCAUCCGCUGGUCCGCGCAGGAAGCGCAGUCAAAGCAUCGAGCGUGGUGCAAGUCGGGAUAAGGAUCUGCUGAAAACGCCAUCCCGGCAACGGAGUCGCAGCCUCAGCAAGGAACGCAUCGCCCAUCGAGUUGCCGAGAAACUCAGCGGCUCCCCGCAGGAAGUUUCCAGUGGUAGGCACAAGAGCAGGAGUAAGCAUCGAAGUGCAGGGAAGGACUACUUGGAGGCUGAGCCCAAGUCAUCCCGGCGCAAACGACAUGGAUCCGGGGAUGAGGAUCUUAAUAUUACCAGCCCCGAGUCCAGUCUUCUCAGCUCGGCUGUUUCUUCCAACCGCAGGUCCGGUGACCAACACUCUAAUGUUUCAAAAUCCUCCAUCAAUAAUCCCAAACUACUCGAGACCGUCGAAGAUGCAAUUCGGCGCUUAAUCCUACCCGAGCUCAAGGAGCUCAAGAAGGAUCAGAAAGUCAUGACCAACAAAUCCAAAUUCGACCGCGACAUGACGACAUCCUAUUCCUCCGCUAGCUCUAGAGAUGAAUUAGGUCGACGUUUGUCGAAACAUUCCAGCGCUCCUGAUGUGAUGAAGCCUCAGCCCCGCGUUGUUUUGAACAAAAAUAGCAAGGAUGAAGGCAUUGUUCUGGCUGGCGACCCUCUACAACAAAGCAGGGAACGCAAGUCGAGCAAGGGCAGUGAAACUUCUGAUGCAGCAUGGGUCAAAUGGGGUCGACCGGAUCUUACUGAGCAUGAUAAAAUCCGCAGGCAAAAGAGCAAAGGCCUUCGUGAUGCGCAUGCCGCCGGUCGAGUCGGUUCCGCUCUGACUGCUGCCUCUCUCAAAAAGCAUGACUCUCAGUCUAGUCUUGGCCAGUCAGAAUCAGGGGAACGUAGAGGUAGUGGCUCACGCAAGAGUGUGGACAACUACAACGAAACAGAGCUUGUUUUCCAGAAGCACAAUGUGGCCCCCAUGCCAAUGCGCAGCGAAAUUGAUUCAGAAUUGACGAGGACUUCAUUGCUCUCGGAACGCACUGAGAGUCCCACCCCCCGCAAAGGAAUGUCACAGGCCGAAAUUUCUCGUGGCUCACCAAGGCAAGUUGUCUCACCGACAUCGCGAACGCCGACUCGAAUCCCACAAGAGUCACAGAAUGAGCUCGGUAUGCGCCAUGGAAACCAAUCACAUCAUAACCUGUCCAUGCACAGUGCUUCGGAUCGUGACUUGUAUCAAAAGAGCCAGUCUCCCGGCACCGAUGGUGGUGACUGGGCCAUUGCUGCUGCUGCUGCCGCCAACUUGCUCGACGCUGCUCAUCCAGGACAACAACCGUCGCCAGACAGGCAUUAUGAGGCAGGCCGAGCACUGAGCCCUAUUCAGAGCGUUGCCAGUGACCUUACCGAGACUCGUGAUGCGCAUUAUCCAAACAAGCACACUGCCGACCUCCAGCGGGAUGUGGAACCUCGCCUUUCGAUUGAUUCUUUGUCUUCCGCCCCGAGCACAAACCUCGCCCGAUCUACUCGGCAGGAUGGAAACAGCCCCAGCAGUCAAAUCCGGGCUUUCGAUGGUGAGGAGGGCACUGAUCUCGGAUACGAGCAAUCACGCCGUGCAUCCGGAGAGGACAACUACUAUGGUCCCGAUGAGGAGUCAAGGCUUUCAUUCGAGAAUGAUGACAGCGAACUUGAUUUCAUGGAUCGAGUGAAGGAAGGUCAUAAUGUGGCCACCGGCAUUGCUGCCAACCCGCAAUUCAUUCACCCAGCGGGCGUUGAGUCAAACGUUGCUACUCUGAUUGACGGGUCCAUUCUCGAGUCUCAAACCUCUGGAAACCGCUCACAGACCGAAUUCGCUGAGCGUGCGGCAAGCCGAAGCCCCGAAAAACGUGGAAGCCCUCUCAAGCAACGCCAGGACGCCUCCAGCCCUGAUGAGACAUCCUUCCCUCGGCGGAUUGGUGCUACCUCGCCACCACAAAGCGUUACCCAGUCUAUCGACGACUUCGAUGAAGCAGGCGCAGCGGCGGGAAUGGCUGCAGGAAUGGCUGCGGCUGCGGCUUCUAGGGGCAUGGACAGCCCGGGUGCGGAUGAGGACCGCAGUCAAGAGUCCGAAUCCGAGAUCAACACCAACCCUUCCAUCAUCCAAGGCCCUGCUCAAAGUGCUCAAGAUCACUGGGGCUACGCAUCGAGGUCCCCAGCCGAGCAGCCUAACUACUAUGAUCAUGGCGCAAAAGAUCUCGACCAGAACCAGCCCCGUAAUCUUGAUGCGGAAUACUAUGAGACUGCCAGAAACAUCUUUGGUGGCGAUGACUUUGUCGUUGACCAACAAGCUGGUCAGCUGUUUGGUACUCCCCCGGGGGCCAAGGAUGAAGGCUACGUGUCGGCUGCCAACCCCAUGUCUCCAAGUAUCGGUACUCCCAAGAAAGGGGAUCGAGGUCUUGAGGGCGCCUUUGAGAGUCCGACUGAGGAAGACCCAUUCAGCUCUGGCCACCAGCGACACUUCAGUGGUUACUCUCACGGUGUGGGCUCUCCGCUCUACGACAGCGCCACUGGCCGAGGCAUCGAAAGAAUCCAGUCCAAGGACAUUGUUGCUCUCAUGGAUCAUCUCACUGUUCGUGAUGCCCAACGAAAUGCCAGGGAUACCGAGAUUCUCGUGACUCUUGUUCGAAGCGCCGCUGAGAUGCGCACCUCAUUCGAGCAGAUGAAGAAAUUCAUCGCCGACCAAGAUGAUAUGAUUAUGGACACUAGCGACCAGCAGCACGAGCGAACGCACAAAGCCCUCGGUGGCCCACGUCCACUGCCUCCCAGCGCUUCUCGUUCUCGUCAAUUAAACAACGCGGAAAACGAGGAUCUGCAAGCCAAGCGGGCCAACAUCUUCAAGCGUGCGUUGAAGGGUCUGAGCGGGAAAUCAGGAAACGACUUAAACAAGAUCGAAGGAAUGCUCGAGCAGCUUCUUGAGGAGGUCGAGGCCUUGCGCACUGGUCAAGAUGUUGUGACUCCCCGGAGAGCAAGCAUCGACCCGAAUGGCUAUGAUAAUGGCCCGAACAAUGUUGCCAUGGGCAGUCGUUCUCCCUACAUGGGCAGCCCUCGACAAGGCAAUGGGGAUCCCCGUGUUAGCACUGUCCCCGAAGAGGAUGAAGAGGACGAGGAUCUUGAGAUUGAUGAGAACGAUGCCUACAUGACUGCUCAUUUGCCUAUCAAGCAGCCUGCUCGUCAUGAGAGAGCUGGCUCUCUGCCUCUCAACACCCCGCCUCGAAAGCCAGUGGCAACAAACGGAGCCCGAAGCACAGAGACAACCCCCAAGGCUUCGGAGAAGGCUCGCAAGCAUAAGUCAAGCAGCUCAUCAAUCUUCCCCAAAAUCUCACGCUGGUCCAGGUCCACUGCCACAUCAAUGGGAGACAAUAUUCGCAACAGCAUCCAGCCUGGUCGCAAGGAACGUCCAUACUCAGAGGUCUCCCGCUCUGGCUCUGAUCUUGCCACAGACGCCUAUAAAACCGGUAAUUACUAUGACCCCGAGGGUGAUGACCGUAUCAGGUCUACCUAUACUCUAGGCGAAGACGAUCAGCAAGAGAACCGUCCUCCAUCUCCCUUGGUGCCCUCGCAGGUCUCCGAGGCACCCAAGUACCGCGCCCAUCGCGGCAGUCUCGAUCUACAGCACCCUCAGCCCCGACAGGGCCCAACUGGCCGCUACCAAAACCAGCUCGAAACUCAGGCACAGACGUAUGCUACACCCGAAUCCCCAUCCUCAGACCACUGGGGAUCGAAUCCCAUGGCGGUAGUCGUCUGUCCCCUAUCUCGGACGCAGGAUACUCAGAAACGAGCUCCCGCAAUCCUGGCCCCCCCUCGACCCCCAAAGGUCAAGGACGAUGGCCCCUUGAUCCCCGAGCGACCUCCCAAGGUCUCGGAAGAAGAAGAAGAAGAGCAACAGCAACAGCAGUACAGUGAUCGCGUUGUCUCAAGGGGCUCUGCCAUGCGCUCCCCUCCCACCCGCAAACCAACUGGUCCCCGUCCUCUCACCUCUGGCGGCAACUAUAGCCCCAGCAAUAUCAAGCGUACUCAAUACCGAGGCAGUCCGAUGCAGAUCGAUUAUGAUGACAACUAUUAA